GGCUAGCCCGGUCCAGCUCCGUCCGGAUUGGUCGCCUCUGCUCCCCGCGGGAUUUGUCCAGCCAUUCGGGCAGGCCCAGUCCCACGUCUGGCUUCUGGCGGUGCUCGCGGCCGCCGGCGGGUCUCCGGCGUCCACAAACGGUCCCCGGGGAGCGCGGACGCGGCCAUCAGUGAGUUGUGUGACGCGUGGAGUGCGCCGGUCAGUCGCCUGUUCUGCGGGCCGACCCCGGCCGCCGCGCCGCCGCCUGCGCUGACCUCUCCGACACAGUGCGGCAGGUCAGGAGCCAUGGGUCGGACCACCGAGGGAGAGCCACAGGGCAGCAAUGACGCCCCGCUCCAGCCUCGGCUAUGGGCUCAGUUCUUGGCCACUCUGGGAGCCUCGAUGGCCGUCGGUGGAUGGGCCGUCGGCAUCGGAAUCGGCAGUCUCUGCGUGGACCAGCUGUCUCGUGGCAUCGGAGGAUUCGUCCUAACUGCAGAACAACAAGUGUGGAUAGUAACCUCAAACUUCCUGGGAACAGUAGUCGGAUCAGCGGUGGCCGGGAAGCUGUCAAAGCGGUUCGGGGCGCGCAACACCAUGCUCUGGUGUUGCGUGCCCGCGGUGGCCGGCUUCAUCGUCACGGCCUUCGCCAAGUGCUACAACACACUGCUCAUCGGACGCCUGAUAGUGGGCCUCUUCUCCGGACCGGCCUUCGUGCUGCACGUGUUCUACAUCAGCGCCGUGGCCUCGCCGCAGUACCGGGGCUUCCUGGCGCUGCUGCCCGACAUCGUCUACAUGGUGUACGUCAUCCUGAGUCUGGUUCUUGGAGUCUACUUCCCCUGGUGGUGGGCGGCGAUCAUCAGUGCGGCGCUGUUUGCCCUGCCCACGGCCGUAGCGCUCCUGAUAGCUCCGUCAGAUCCCGUGUAUCUGCUGCGCACUGGUCGGCUCAUCGAAGCGAAAAAGGCAGCCCGUUUCUUUGGAAUACGUCUGCCAAAUCCUGAGCCGACCACUACAGAAGAGGGUGUUUCCCACAAGUCGACGUGGACGCUGGUGAAGCAGCCGCGCCACUACCGUCCGCUGCUGCUGUCGGCGGCGCUGCUGCUCGGCGUCGCCUUCUGCGGCUACAUGGCCGUGCUCAGCUACUCGCUCGUGUUUCUGCGCACACUCGGGUCGACGCUGGACGCCACCGUGGUCAGCGUGCUUCUCUGCGUCAUCCGCAUCGUGGCCGUCGGCCUGGUCUCCGUCCUCAUCGACCGACUGGGCCGGCGCGUGCUGCUGCUCUUCUCGGCGGCCGGCAUGACGGCCAGCUACCUCGCGCUGGCCGCCUACUUCUACAUCCCAUCGCUGGCUCAGUUCACGCACAUGCCGCUGCUGGCGCUCAUCCUGGCCAUCUCGUUCUUCUGCAUGGGCGUCGGCCCGGUGCCGUGGUGCGUCAUCGGCGAGAUCGUGCCGGCGCGUCUGAGCGACGCCGGCGGCGCGGCGCUGGUGCUCUUCUACAACAUAACCUCGCUGAUCGGUGUGCAGGUGUUCCCGCCGUUGCUGGCGGCGCUGGGCAUCGGCGGUGUGUUCGCGGCGCACGCGGGCGUCACGGGCGCCAUCCUGCUGCUGGUGGCGGCCGCCGUGCCGGAGACGCGCGGCCUGAGCCUGCAGCAGAUCGAGGAGCUGUUCGAGGACAAAGACGAGGAGUACACGCUGGUGACGGCCGUGGGCACCCCUGUCGGGUACAACACUUUUAGCGGUGCCUGACAAUCGCCAAGACAUGACGGUGAUAACCCGACAUUUCUGCCGUCUCCAGGACGACGACAUUUGGUCUUUCAACCAGCUUUGCUCUUCUGAUUGCGUGAUCUCGAUAAUCUUUUUACAGUUUCAAAGUAACUAGGUAGAAGAAUGACAUUUUAGCUAUCUUUCUUAAACUCAUCUGUAAUAUGUGCCAUUAUCGUUGGCUGUGGAAAGCGGAGCGGAUGUUUAAUGAGAGGGGUUGUUUUAGCCUCAUACCGCUGUGAGGACGGCUGUUCACCAUUUUAGGCCAUUAGCUAUUGCAAGCUGCAGCAUGAACAUCUGUACGCCAGUUCAUUGUCAUCGUUUUUUUUUUUAGGUUAGUUACGCCCUAGCGAUGGUAUGGCGAAUUUUCUUAUGAAUGUAUGUGCCUUCUCUUAUUUUGACGUGAAUUGUGGACACUGAGGUUUGCUACCAUUGCGUAAUAAAUACCAGAUCAUUAAUAAACCUUUUCACUUA